AUGGCGACACUUCAUUCAGGAUCCAACACAUGCAAGGGGCCAAAGAUCUCUUGCCAACCCUGGGGCUGCAACAGGACACCCUAUCCAUUGCGGGACUCAUCCAUACAGCGGUAUGGCCAACAACGAGUGACCCCACGACAGCGACACUGUUCGUCCUCCGACGGGCUGGAGCGGGAUCAUCUACAGCGACCAUCACCUGAAGAACUCCGGUAAUAGCUACCUAAUAUUUACCUCUUAACAGCCCUCUGGUUACACGGGCAAGCCGUUUUCAGCGAUCGGGACUCUUCUCUCUCCAAUGUUCUUGUUCACAAGCAGAUAGAACAUCCCUGUCUUCCUCCCCCUGA